AUGUCGUUCUUCGGACGGAGAAUGGGUGGCGGCGGCGGCGGCUCCGAGCACACCGGUCGUAACUUGCAGGACGGCUUGUUCCAGAUCGCGUCGCAAGCCUGCCACAUCCUGGUGCAGGUAAAUAAUACGCACAACGUUUCUUAUGGAGGUAAUAAUAAUGUGAACAACAUCGCGUACUCGAAGUACUCUGUGGCCGGCGGCUCUGCUGUUCCGACAACAUCGUCGUCGACGAAAGGGCCGACCACCGCUAAAACAUACGCGGGACCUCAGGGAAAGGAUCAGGACGUGGUGGUGUUGCUGCCGCACCGCAAGAACAGAGCGCCACGACUUAAGCACAAAUUAUCGACUGUGUCCGAGAACGCACGGCUUGACGUGAACUCUCCGGGUGGCGACGACGAUCUAGAGUUAUGGGACCAGUCUGGAUUUAUGUUGAGACACGACAUGGAUGAUCCUCUUGCGAAUGCAAAGUGGGGUGCGCAGAGUUGGUGCAGACCUAGUUGCAUACCAAUAACGAUCAUUCUGAUCUUGAUCGUCUUGGUGGUGCUGUUGCCGCUCCUCGACCACGCGGCGGACAAAUAUGCGUUGAACGCCACUGCGUUCGAUGCGGAAUCGACAUGCAUGGAUCGUUGCAGCGUGUUCCUAGUGGAGACCAUACCGGUGGGCAUGAAUUAUAACAAUAGCACGGCGCGGCACGAGAGCAUCUACGAUUCCUGGAUGGAUCUUAUCGGGAUGGCUCAAGACACCAUUGAGAUCGCGUCGCUUUACUGGACGAUGAAGAGAGAAGAUGUGUUUCCUGAUGACAGCGCUAAGCAGGGUGAACAGGUGUUCCAAUCGCUCCUGGAAGCCGGAAGAGACAGGCAAAUUACGCUGAAAAUCGCGCAGAAUCUUCCUUCACGCUUGUCCCCGAACGUCGACACGCAAAUCUUGGCGAAAAAGGCUAACGCGCAGGUGAAGAGUUUAAAUUUCGCUGGUCUGCUUGGCGGCGGGGUGCUCCACACGAAACUGUGGCUCAUCGAUCGUACCCACGUGUACGUCGGCUCGGCGAACAUGGACUGGAGGUCUCUGUCGCAAGUGAAGGAGCUCGGUUUAGUAGCUUUAAACUGUUCCUGUUUAGCAAAAGAUUACGCCAAGAUAUUCGACGUGUACUGGAAGUUGGGCGAAGACGGUAAAGUGCCUUCCACGUGGCCAGAUUCCCUAAGCACAAAGAUAAACAUAGAUAAUCCUAUGAAUUUUACAUAUAUGGAUAAUAAGUACAAAUUAUUUAUCGCAAGUUCACCUCCACCGUUCUCGCCGAAAGGUAGGAGCAACGACCUUGACGCGAUCCUGCACUGCAUCGCCAAGGCGGAAAAGUUUAUCUACAUCUCCGUGAUGGAUUAUUUCCCGCUGACGAUAUAUACUGCACAAGUAAAGUACUGGCCAAUAAUAGACAACGCUCUGAGGGCGGCGGCGAUCGAGCGCAAGAUAGAUAUCCGCCUGUUGAUCUCUUGGUGGAAACAUUCGAGGCCAUCCGAAUCAUAUUUCCUCAAAUCGCUACAAGAUCUGACGCGCAGCUAUGCCAAUGUUAAUAUCGAAGUGAGGAGAUUUAUCGUGCCCACCAUUCCGUACCUGGACAAGAUACCGUACACGAGAGUGAACCACAACAAAUACAUGGUCACCGACGUGGCGGCCUAUAUCGGCACGAGCAAUUGGUCGGGCGAUUACUUCAUCGAUACGGCUGGAAUCGGCACCGUCUUCGAGACCGUCAGGCAGCAGAACGGGGACAGCGUAAGGCAACAGCUGGAAGACGUCUUUCACCGUGACUGGUAUUCCAAUUAUUCCUUUCCGCUAAACCCGCCAUUUACCCGAUAUCGCGCUUGCGUUUGCACAGAUAGCAGACACAAUUGCGUGCCUGACAGACAUAUCGCUUAAACGAAGAAGGGGAAAAACGUGCCUUACGAGAAUUGUCCUAGCGGCAGGCGCGAUAUAUUAAUCAUCACACUUGAGAAAUACAUCGAUUCUGUGUUCUUCCAUGCGACCUUUCCCAAGCAUUUUUACUUGUAUUGCAUCACUUUAUUAAUAUAUGUAAAAAUGAGACCUGAUUAAUGAUUAAUUAUUAGUGAUAGAGAAUUAUAAACGAAGUUUUAAUACAGUGUUAAGGAUAUAUAUGUACAAAUACACAUAUUGAUCGAAAAGUCCGUGCGGAUAUUUUUAGCAAAAUUCAAACGUAAAACUUUGUAUUAAGAAAAUGUGUAUAUAUAUAUAUAUACAUAUAUAUAUAUAUAGGGCUUCUUGGAUGCAGAGAAGCUACCACAAUGUCACAUCUGCGCGAUUAUACGUGUAGCAUUAACUGCAUUUAUGUGCACGAUUGCACACACCUGAAAAGAACGAAAUAAAAAACAGAGAAUAGCGAAUAA